AUGAAUCUUCCUGUGAAGUACUUUCUCGGCGUGGUCGUAGCUUCUGUGGCUGUGUCAGGGCAAGAUGCGUUUGAAGCGGCGAACUUCAACAUCAGGGAAGCCCUGAUCGAAAAUGGCGUUGACAUGUCCACCAUAGCAGAACUGCCCCAUACAAGUGCACGAUCACCUCUGCAGAGCUGCUCGUCAGCAGUCUCGUCUACAGUCCUGCUAUCUCGUUUGUUCCAAUGUCCUUUUGCAGUCAAGAGUGGUGGCCAUGCUGCUUUCGCUGGUGCUUCGAGCAUCGACUCCGGUGUUACGAUUGACUUGGUCAACAUGAAAGUGCGUAAACUUGCGGACGACAAGAAGACUGUCGCUAUUGGUCCAGGUAACCGAUGGCUCGAUGUAUACGACUACCUGACGCCUGACAGCCUCGUAGUCGUAGGCGGUCGUGCAGCGACUGUGGGUGUUGGCGGCCUCACACUCGGCGGAGGCAUCAGUCACCAUACGAAUGAGUACGGCCUGGCAUGCGACAACGUUGCGUCAUACGAUCUCGUCACAGCGUCCGGCAAGAUCAUCAACGUGAGCCCGCAGUCAUAUGCAGACCUGUACUGGGCUCUCCGUGGCGGCGGCAAUAAUUUCGGUAUCAUCGUGACCUUUUAUUACGAAACCCUCGAGCAAGGCCUCAUGUUCGCGACCAAGCGCCAAUACAACAGCACUUACGUCCCCGCUCUCAUCGACGCAUUCAACAACGCAGUACACGGUGCCGAGAAUGACACGAAACUUGCGCACUUCGUCGGCCUGGCUUACUUCUCGGGUAUGCAGAUUGCGAGCACAGAAUACGAAUACUUCACGCCCGUCGACCCUGCCAACCCACCCCCCAUCUUGAAAGAAUACCUCUCGAUUCCUCCAUCGCAACACGAAACGCGCAACACGACUCUGGCUAGCAUAACACCCGGUCUGAGUGAAAGUAUGCCGGCCGGCUUUCGUUCGACAAUGUGGUCUCAAGCAUUCAAGCUCAAUGCCGAACUCAUGAGGCGCAUGAGUGAUCACUUCUUCGCCAUUGCACCGAGUGUACCUGGUAUCGUGCCGAGUCUAGGUUUCCAAGCAUUCUCGGUACCUGCCCUUCGUGCCAUGCAGAAGAAGGGCGGAAAUGCUUUGGGCUUGAGUCCGGAUGAUGGACCGUUGUUCCACGUUCUGUUUUUUGUGUCGUGGACAGAUGUCAAGGAUGAUAAAGUGGUCAUGAAGGCCGCGCAAGACUUUCUGAAGAAAGCGGUGGAAAUGGCGAAAGAGUUGGGCGUGGACAGUAGGUAUAUUUACAUGCCGUAUAGCAGUCCUUAUCAAAAGGUGAUUGAAGGAUAUGGCCUGGAAAAUGUAAAGAGGUUGAAUAUGGUGAGUAGGAAGUAUGAUCCGCAGCGUGUGUUUGAGAAGCUGCAGCCGGGCUACUUCAAGCUCGAUGGUGAUGCACCGUAUGGUGAGCUUGUUUAG